CGGCGGCUUCCGGGAGCGCCGGCGCCCGCGAGUCGCUUGGCGACUGGUCGGCGGCCGAGUGGGAAGCAUGGAGCCGACUCCCGGCCUGUGUGUCAGGGCCGCUUGGCAGUGCGGCGAGGGCGGGCUGCAGAAGGUGCUGAGGCUGGUGGCGGCCGACUCGGAGAGCAGAGGUGGCAGCGGGGAGAGCGCGCUGCGUACAGAAACAGUUACUUUGGAAAGACCUGAAACCAACACUGUGGAAACGCUGUGCAUCUUGUAUCUCCAGUGUGCUGAACAACUUGCUGAGAUAAUCUUUGUAGAAGUAGUUAGUGAAGCAAAAACAAUGGAAGUUUACACAGAAGAAGAGUAUUGUGGAACAUGCCAAGGCCAAAGAGUGGAUAAUCCACAAAAAAACAGUGGCCAUCAUGUUAUCAUGUUUAAGAAAUAUUUAAAAUUGGAUUUUCCUAGUUCAUCCUGUGAACUGAAGUUGCUUUCUUUAGGUGGAAAGGAGAAAAUACAAAUUGGUGAAAUAGUGCUGGGCAUAAGACGUGCUUCAGUUAAUAUCUCCAGAGGCAUUUCUCCAUUAGGAAACAACAUCAACUUACAACGAGUUCAGACAAUGAUGGAUUCAAUGGGAACAAAGCUAUCACCUGGAGCUCAGCAACUUUUGAACAUGGUCCAGUUUCAACAAAAGCACAGCCGAGCAGCAAUAGGAGGAUUGUUUCAGGGGAUGUUUGGAACACAAACUUUGGCAGAAAUUGGAAAGGCAGUUGGUUCAUCUCAGAUAACUGCACAAUCUAAGGAAGGGGUAUCUGCUCAUGAAAGUAUUGAAACUAAUUCAAUAGCUAUUUCACGGCUGGAAGAAACAAAGGAGCCAGAAGAAAUCAUUGUAUCUAAUGGCGAGUGUGCGGAGAAAACAGGUGUUUUAAACUUGGCUACAGGAAUAAAUAAUACUGUGUGUGUUUCUGAAGCCAACACAAAAGAUGCAGAUGAACAGAAGUUUGCCAGAGGAGAUGUGCGAGAGGCUGUAUCAACUUACUUGUGCAAACAUAAUAAUGGGGAACAAAACACCAUUAGUUCUGAAAUGCUCCCCUUUCUUCGGAAUUUGUCCAGCCAGGUGAAUGAUCUUCGCAUAGGAGAAAAAUCUAAAACUUUCAAAAAUUAUCCAACAGCAGAGGAUGGAAUGAAUAGCAGGCUACACCAACAGACGUUUUGUUUCGAAUUGGAAAAGCAUAUCACUGAACAUAUGGAGUCAGUAGAAAAUAGACUUAAAGAUUAUAUUGAUCAUCGGUUAAAUAUAUUGCAAGAUGACCUUGAUAAAAAGUUUGUUUCGCUCACCAAGUUGAUUGAAAAUAUUACUGUGAAUAGGACUGUAACAAAAAGUUUUGAAUGUGGUGCUGUCUUAACAAAUGGAGGGCUUUAAGUAACUUCACACUCCUCAAAACACAACUAAACUGUUUUAAUUUUGAGAAACACUAAAUUUAGCAUUUAAUGCAGGGAAAUCUAAGCAAUGUACUUGGGCUGUAUGAAUCUGAGGUUCAGGCAUAUUAAAUUUGUAUUUGGUGUGUUUUUCCUUGAGUGAUGUAUACACUCAUUAAUUCAUGGCCAGUUAACCCAGCUAAUUCAAUCCUACAUCUUUUUUUAACCUACCAACUUGCCAGUUUUGAAAGUCUAAUUCUAGCUCUUUUGCUGUGUUAAUGGAUAAAUCCUAAAGACUGUUUAAAGCUGGCAGUGUGGAUGGAUACAGGUUGAUGCAGAAAGUAAGGUCUAUAUAUGACUCAUCCAUAUGUGUACAAAUGAUUCACGGGAAAAUCUUGGGCACUCAAAAUUUAUUGCAAACUUCCAACAUGUCAGCAGAAGAAAAAACUGAAAACAGCGCUGCUGUAAAAAAAAUUUUAAAUGCUAAAUUUAUAAUAUGUACAAAAAUAAGUAACAUUUGUGAAAUAGCAUUAUAACUUUGUGAAUGAAUUUAAUCUGUUUUACUGAUUUUUUUUUUCAUAUUUGUACUACCCUUGAAGAGUUGAUCUGAAAUUGAUCCUUGGCCCUCCAGUGCUUUUUUGGGUACAUUGGAAACUUAAAAUUACAUGAACACAUACUUUAGCAUACUUAAUAAAAUUAUCAGGUAUAUUCUAUUUGUCUCUCCAGCAUUCACUUCUGAUUUUAGACCCUUUAUUGACUGCCAUUUAUUACCCAAGAUACAAAUGAGUGUGAUUAAAUCUUUAUUUAAGUUAAAGAAAAUUUGUAUCCUGCUUGCAUUCAUGAGGUAUUAGUAAUGUUUUGAUAGAUUUGGACUUCAUAAGUGGCAUUAAAAUCCAAAUUAAUUCCUGUGGAAAAAAUGCCUUGGCCUUGAACUUGCAUAGCAUAGUGUCCUACGCAAAUGAAUUUAUAUGAAAAAAAAAUUAACGAAUAAGUGGAUUGUGAAUGAAUGAUUUUCUCUCUUGGUCCUAUGUGACAUUCAAUGCCUGGGAAUGGUUGGUUUGGUUUUGUACAUCACUAGAUAUUACAUUAGAUGCUACUAAACCAUAUCCAGUAGUCUUGAUGCCACUGUGCAGUUUUCACCUAAAAUUUUUUGCCACAGGUUAGAUGUGGUAAACUUGUGCAGUAGUAGGCUUUACCAGCAGGGAAGGCCUGCUUUAAGGUUAAUUGAGGAGAUCCUGUUUGAAAAGUCCCAGACAAUUUGAGCCAGACCCCAGCCCACAGUAGUCUGUUGCUAAUCUAACCUAAAGAAUUUGAAGAUAUUGCCUCCUAUCCUUGAUUUUCCAGGUGAUAGAAAUCAAAGACUUGGGAGAUUGUAUCAAAGAAGCUUUAACAACAGGAAUUCUGCAGAUGCUGGAAAUUCAAGCAACA